AUGACAAAAAUCAUCUCAAUUCUUGUAAUAGUUGGUCUCAUAUUUUCUUGCCUCAGCUUAAUUUCUCAAGCUAAAAAUCCUAAAGCUCCCCAUAAAACUCCACCCACAUCUAUUGGAAAUCUUAAAUUUCCUAAUAACCUGGUUAUCCCAAGUAAUAUUUCAGUCAAUCUCGAUGAGAAUAAAUUCGCGUUCUCCUUGUGUAUCAUAGCGGGGAUUAAUCUUGAAUGCAACGUGACUGCUCGUGCCUGGACUUUGAUUGGACCAACUGGAGUUACCGUCAACGAUUGUGAAGACUUUAAAGAAGUCGUUUGUGAUCCUACCUUUAUUACCGCGGUAACAGUACUAAACCCUCGAGCUCCAAUCGAUAACAUUAUUUCCGGAGGAUUAAGAUCCGCAAUAAAGACAGACACCUCGUCAGCCUUUUUCACGGUCGAAGCUACUUCACUUUCACCCAAUCCUUCCGUUGAUGGUGUCUGGUUUAGAUCUUUCGCUUUUAAUCAAUCAGGGGUAGGCGCAUUUUCUGAUGUGACCUAUCUUCAAAGAGUCAAAACUAAAGGAGGAAUUUUUCCACCAAAUAAUCAAUCAGAAUGUUUGUAUUUGAGUGUGCUGCAUAGUGAUAAACUUAGAAAUGAAACAGAAGAGCGUAAAAAACUACAUAAACAACAACAUAAACCGCAACAAACUCAAAAACCUCAACAGCUGCAACAUUCUCAACAGCAGCCCCAACAAGGCAACAAGGAAGGGCUAGAAAAAAUUUCAAUCACAACAAAAUGGUCGUUUAAUCCUGUUCUUGAUUUGUUGUCCACAUCUGCU